AUGGCUGCCUUGUUCUUCGCCACCCACCAGUCAACUCCCCAGCCUCAGCUGUGGAAUCCAUCUUUCUCUUCUCCUGGGCAUCAGCCACAAUCAAUUCAAAUUACCAGGGAAAACGCCCAGUUCAUCCUUCCCACAGAUGCCUGCGUACAUGUGGGAAAUCUCUCCAGCGGUGUCUGUCCGGAAAUCCUCCGGCACGAACUGGAGCAGCUCUUCUUCCAGUUCGGAAAGGUCCCAUGCUCAAGCAGCUAUCAGGCAGCACCAGAAUAUUUUUCUCAGAGGUCGUCCUCUGAGAGUACAGGCCGCAAAUGGCCUCAGUAUGGCUUCCUUAUUAACUCUACAAGUAGUCCCCUGUCUGACAGUAUCACAGGAAACCGUGUAGAGCCGGUGGUGCAUCGCGAAGAAAGGGCGGGGCUAACCACCUCGCCACUAUAUAUGCCCUCUAUGGCUAUACCAUCCUGCCAGCCCAUCGCGUAUGGGCCUGCUAUGAUGUCUAACUGGCCACCGGCUCUACCAGGAUAUGGUAGCCUUUACAUACCCCCUCCUCCCCCUCCCCCUCCUGCCUCUGGUACUUUACCUCCCCUAUCCUCAUGCCCUACUCAUCACACAUUAUUAUCACAAGCCCCCAACACAUAUACACCACAAUCCUCUUCCUACACUUCUUCCCCAUCGAGCAACACCCUUGACACACAGCCUACGACACCCGGCUGCGAUGGAGUAGUAGCAUGCGAGGCCGAUCAAGGGAGGGAGGAGGAGUAUAUCAAGGACAACCGGUCCAACCUUCCCUGCGACAUGCUACUAUCUACCGGCCGCACAGUCAGGGACUACGUUAACGAAAUGAAGAGGUUGCGGGGGAUUGACCUCAGCGAUGAGACCACCCGUGAACUCAUCUUGGAGUUGGAGGAAGAGGCCCGGGAUGCAGGCUUGUUGCCUGUGCUGACGUCCAAGCCAGACUGA